GGACAGGUGGCGAUCGUGGCGGACGGCGUGGACAGCAAGACCGCCGUGGACGUCCGGACGCCGGUGAAGUUCGAUUUGGAUAUCAAAACAUCAGGGACUGGCUGUGUGAAGAUUCAGAAAAUAGAAUGUGACAGCUGCAAAAUAGAAACAGAGAAGGGGACUAGUGUCUUGCAGUCAAUAAAGAGCCAUAAAAUUGAUAUACGAACAAACGGUGGCAAAGUAAUUGGUCUUGGAACACUUUAUGGAAAUACAGAUAUUUGUGCAACAGAAAAGGGGAGUGUAAAUAUAGAAAAGCUGCAGGGGACAACCAUCAAUAUAUCUACUGAAGAUGGGCUGCUGAAAACGAAGUAUCUCUAUGCAGAAUCAGCCUCUCUCUCUUCAGAAUCUGGUGAUAUUAUGCUGGGAAGUGUUCAUGGUAAUACCAACCUUCAGACCAAAACGGGGAGUAUCACAGUAGAUUCAUCAGAUGGAAGUCUAAAAGCUUCUACGUAUCAUGGGACAAUCGAUGUUUAUGUCAGUCAGUUAAGAAAAGUGGAUCUGAAAUCCCAGAAAGGUUCAAUUACAGUCAAGGUACCUGCGUCUCUCAAAGCUUAUUUAGAGCUGUCUGGAAGAAAAGUGGAUGUGAGCUCAGAGAUCCAGUUAAAAGAAACACAGAGUGCCUCCAAAGACGAUCAUGUAACUCUAAGUGGUCACAUGAAUCAAAGGGAUGAAACAGACAAAUGGAUUAAGGCUGACACACAAAAUGGCAAAGUGUGUCUUAAAAGCCAAAGCUGGAUCCAAUCUGUCAAGCUGAAGAGUUCUUGAAGGUGAAAUAGGCCAAAGAGAUUAAAUCAAGAAACUACAAAGGAACAUUUUUGUAAAAUUAUGAAACUUUUUGGAUGAAUAUUCUUAAUAUAAAAGAAAAGCUAUUAAAAAUGAGAACAUUUUAACCCAAGAUUUGCCUGUGACAGUGCUGGUGCUAAACAGUCUGGUUUACUUUUAGUGCCUUUUAGGAAUUAGAUGAUCUUACAUAAUCAGAAUUUAUAUAACUUGACCCACUUACCGUAUCAGUUUAAAAGCUGGUAGCUUUCAAACAAAAGUCAGGAAUUGUCAUUUAAAAAUAAAAAAGACAUUUUCAAUGCUUCCAAGACGACAUGCUUUGCAAGAUCUGUUAUACUUUUGAUUAAAAUGUCUUAAUACUGUGGGAAUUCUGCUGGUUUAUGCAAAAGGCAGAGAAUUUUCUUUGACCAGAUGCUAUCAUGGAUAGGAAAAAGUCACUUUCAGUGUAGUUCUCAUUUGAUGUUUGAGCCUGGAGCAGUUUCUGCCCGGGCAAUGGAUACUCUGUAAAAAUACUUCUUUGAAAUGGCAGAACUUGUUCCAUGUCAUCCUGAACCUCUGGUUUGUGGAUAGAAAGAAGAACUGAAGCUCUUGUCUGCCGCUGCUCAUCUGCAAAGAAAAGCUUUUAAAAUAAAUGAAAGUGCAAUGGAUCUGGCUGCUUUCAAGGAGGAGCACUCCUCCAACUGGACUUCGGUGGGGAGUCCACAUGAGCAUUUCUCUAAAGGAAAAGUUGCCACAGAGGGGAAGCGUUGCCCUGGUGACUGAGAACUGGAAUCUCUUUGUUUGCAGGGACUUAGAGCCCUGUCCUGCAAAGAAAGCUGCCAGGCACCUCUUGGAGGCAGGAAGGCAGAGGAGGGAGGUGAGGGGAGCAGCUAGACCUGCACAAGAGCAGGCCUGAUUUUUGUGGAUGGUUCUGUGUUAUAUGUGUAAUACACAUAUAACACAUUCCAUGUAAUAUAAGCACACAGUAAAGUAAAUGGAGCUUUUAAAAGCCUUUCCAUACCUCUCUAUGGCACCUUAUAAAAGCAGUAGUGAAAUGUGUGUUUUAGGCUGACAUAAGAGUCGCUGCCAGCUAAGGGGAUGGCAAGGAGCAGGAAAGAAUUCAGACUGUCAGCUCAGGCUUUAAGUUUUGUAUAUAUGUGUAUGUACUUUAGGUCAUAAUGGUACAUUAUGAAAUUACUUCUCCUUUGCCACAGGAUUCCCCAGGAGGUAUAAUUGCCCCUGGCUAAUGGAUUUCAAGAGUCAAGGGCAGCAUGUCUACUGUAAUUCAGAAUGGUUAAAAACUCCACUUCCUGUUUACUGUUGCAUGUAGUGUUUGUUGAGAUGAGGUGGGCACUGAGGCAUAUGACAAAUUAUGUGUAUUUUUAAUAUAAACACUAAUAUAUAAAACAUUUCUAAUAGUAUUACUAAAGGUAUUACAAUAUUAUUGGAUAUGAGUUACUAUACUUUUAAAAGUCACAAAAUUAAUAAAUUAUAAUUGUUUUGGA